AUGAGUAGAAGAGGCUUCAUGUUGUCUAUUCAUGGCCAACUCAAUAAAAACUCUGAUUAUAUACCAUGCUAUAGCCCUCGAAAAACUCAAAAUAUUCGAACAAUGUCUGAAUUAUGCAAGCAAGCUUAUUUAGCAUUAAUCGACGACGAACGUUAUCAAGAUGAUACUCUUCGAAAUGUAAAUUCACCAUUAAGUAGACAUCAUUUGACAACUGAAGAUGAACUUUCAGAAUUAUAUGAUUUUAUCCAAGAUUCAACUACAAAAACAGUGCAUACCAAACCAAAUCUACAAGUAGAUACAGAUUCCUUGACAACCGACAUAUUAACCCAUGAAGGUAAAUCAUUUGCUCAAACUCGUUAUCCAUUUUCUCCUUUUAUCAUUCGUUUCUCAACACGAUUAAUUCAAGAACAAAAAGCAGCUGAAGAAUUAUGUAAGUUUGUCAAAGAUAAUAAACAAAUCGAUUUGGAAUUAUGUGGCUUUCGUAAAUCAACAUCCGAAUGCUUAUCGAAUGAAUUUGCUUUAUUAUUAUUCGUUAAGACCAGUUACUCUUUCUUUGCUCUCUAUGAUGAGAAUAACUGGCCACAGUCGCUUCUUGGCUUAGCAUUUUCUCAACCGUAUGCUCCAUCCAUUCCUCCACAACUUUCAUUACUGGUGAAAAAUGUGAGUCUUACAGUUGAUUUUGCUCAUUUCACAAAUGAAGUUGAAGAAUAUUUGGCCCAGGCAUGUGCUCUUAUUUGUAGUAAGUGUAUGGGUAUUGGACAUUUCCGUAAUCAAUGCCAAAAAAAGAUAAUGCUUGCCGAAAAUGUGGAACGAUUUGCAAUGACAUUAAAGAUCAUACUUCAGUAUCCAAUAAAUUUCAUUGUAUUCAUUACAAAUGUGAACAUAUGUCGAAUGAUUUGA